AGCAGCCAGCUGCGCUUACCGCCGCCGACCACAAGGGCUGCCCGCUGCUGGCGGCCCUCGACAAGCCGCUCGUCGCUGCCCUUCGCUCGGGCGCCAUCAAGUUGCUCCGCGCCGAGUUCCUGCGCGCCGACGGCUCCGAGGCGGUGCUGCCCAAACUCCUCCGCCGGCAAGAGCUGGAGCGAAUGGAGAAGGAGCGACGCAUCCGCAUCUUCCUCACGCCGAAGGAGGCUGUUGCGGCGCUGCGCUCGCUGAGCCGCGAAGUCGCCGGGCUGACCUACGGCUGGGCCUCGCCGGACCACCCCGACGUGACUGGAGAGUAUCUGGCGAACGUGCGGCGCUUCCUGCGCCACCCGCUCGGCGAGCACGUGACCGCCCUCUUCUGGGACUUCUCUUCGCUCCCGCAAAAGCCAAGGACGGCGGCCGAGGACGACUUCUUCUAUCAAGCGCUCAAGGUCAUGGGCGACGUAUACGCCUCUCUCUUCGGCACGAUCGUCAUCCGCCACCGCUCCGUGCCAGCCCGCCCGGCGGAGCUGGACGGCGAGGUGGUCAUCCUCGUCGAGAAGGGCGGCGGGCUCGACGGCGCCGGCGCCGAGGCCGAGCUGCGCAGUGCUCUCGGGGCGUUUGAGAACCCGCGCUACGAGGAGGGCCGGUGGCGCGUUCGCUUCCCAACGCACGCGGCGGCGGAGGAGGCGGUCGAGGCAGCCUCUGCAGCGGGUGCGCUGCCGGGCGCGAUCGCCGUCUUCCUCUUCUACAACAGCCGCCCUUACCUCGCUCGCGG